UGAUACAUUUCUUACAUGUUAAUUUUUCUCUUCCAUCCAUUUUCUCAGAUUGUAAAAGAUUGCAUAUGGUCAUUUGAACAAGAACAAGCUCCUGAAUGUAUUGGUAAAGAUUCCUUAUUGGCCUCUGCAAAAAAUGGUCUGGCUGUAAAGAUUCUUAGCAAAGGCAAAGAAGUUCUGGAUGAACCAGUAGUUGACAAUGCAAUGAACCGCCAGAAAGGAUGGGAGAGAAUGGUUCUUCAGAUCCUGUUUCUUGGUCCAUCCAAUUUGUUAGAACCAAAUGCUACAUUUGCUCAAAUGUCCCAGAAGCUGAUUGUUUCGCCUAUAGUAAAAACAUUGGUCUUCAGCAAAGUUCCUGAAAAGGUAAUGUUGUUUGCUUUUUAUUUCCUUUUGUGUAAAGUAAUAACCUUUUGUCAAGGGUCAUUUGCUUUCUUUCCUUCUUUCCAAAGUAAUAACCUUUUUUCCAGGUUAUUUGCUUUCUAUCCUUUUUCUUCUAUUUGUGAGUGGGUUACUUAUCUUAGGCUCAAGCCACUUUGUAGGAGGAAAUAGGGGGUAGCCUAUGGG